UGCUACUUGUCGUUAGCACAGCAGUUAUAAGGAAAAGUGUCAAAAUAUAGGCUAAAGUAGAAUCUUUAACGUUAACUCCUAACUUGUGAAUUUACAAGACAAAUUUUGAGAUUAUUUCCCGCUAACAACUCUUAUAUAGUAACUUUAUUUUAGUUAACCUACAAACAGUUUCUAUUAUUUACAGUUAAGUUAGCUAACAAGGUUAGCUAUGUUUACAGAGCUCAACAGUAUCUUGAACAUCACUCCCGACAGCUUUACUCGGGGAGAAUUUAUCUUGGUCUCAGACAGACAGAGUGAUGCCUCUUUCCUCAUUCACCACUUCCUCUCUUUGUACCUGCGAGCGCGCUGCAGAGUGUGGUUUCUGGGUCUGGUGCAGUCCUUCAACCAUUACAGUGCUGUCAGUCAGAGGCUGGGUAUAAGCCUCACACAAGCAAAGGAAAAAGGUCAGCUGGUUUUCCUGGAGGGCCUGAAGGAGUCACUGUCUGUUUUGAUUCCUCAAGAAAGCAACGCAGGAAGUCAAGCCAUGGACUUCCUCAGGGAUCCUGCUGUUGGCCUUAAGAGUCUGUAUGAGUUUGUCCGGUCCAGUAUGAGCAGUUCUGGUGGCAGGGGAGAAGGGGUAGAGGGGACAGACGAGACAGACGAGUGGGGACCCCCGGUGUUGCUGGUGGAUGACCUCAGUGUGCUGCUGAGUCUGGGGGUCAGCGUUGGAGCUGUGUUGGACUUCAGCCACUACUGCCGAGCCACCGUCUGCUCCCAGCUGCAGGGCAAUGUGGUGAUGCUUGCACGCUGUGAUGGGGAAGAAGAGGACGACGACGACGGAGAUGAUGAAGGCCCAGAGAGACUCCUGAAGGGUUUGACCCACCAGUGUAGCCUCACUCUUCAUGUACAGGGUCUCCCUACUGGCUUUUGCAGGGACAUACAUGGGCAGGUGGAAGUGUGUUGGAGGAGGAGACAGGGUGGUGGGCAGUACACACAGAGGAAGCUCUUUCAGUACAAGGUCCAUGAUAAAGGAGCCUCCUUCUUUGCUCGUGGGACAUCCAGCGCUGUUCUCUAGUUCCAUUUUUCAACCUCCUUAUUUGCCUUUGGCCUCCUUUGCAUGCGACAACCAACUGUUAAAUUUAGACAAUACAAAUGUUGGUCGUUUAGCUGCCAAAAUGGUUUGUGAAGUCAACACAUUUACCAGCCAUAGCCAAGCUUUACAUUUGGAUGCUUGCUGGUGGCAAGGAUCCAGUCUGGAAAGCAGACUGUCUGGAGGACGGACCCUGGGAACCUGCCAGCUGACAGCCUGGUUUCAGACCUCUGAAACGCUGCUCACUGAAGUGAUAACUAAAUGGCAUUACAGUCAUAUUACGAGGCUGAUCUGCUGAAAGUGUGACUACAGACUCGUGUUCUUGUCAAUAUUCUGCCACUAAUUAGUCAUCAUCAGUGGACAGUAGGCUGACUAUUGUUGUUAUACUGUAGAAAAUACAUUGGUCACAGGCUGCAAUUUGACUGAGAAAAUGAUGAUAGUAAUAAUAAUAAUAAUAAUGAGUAAGUAAGAUCAUUAUUUUCACUCAAAACUGAUUGGAGCAUUCUCUGGAUGUUGGUAAAAUAAACUGUGACUUUG